CAGACUACGCGCGAUUCCACGAUCACGGCACACUUACUUGAAGCCUACGUGAUAUUUCGAUAAAUCAGACCUUGUGUUGCAACACAUUAUUACGCAGAGGGGGAAGAAGCACAGACCUAAUCAACGCAAACGCCGAUGUGGAUAACAAGGAAGAAUAAAUAUAAAUAUUCGUCCAUUGACUGUUUUUGCUGUUGGGAGUUGUUGCGAUUUCUUGCGCACAGCCAUGGAAACGAUACGAAGACUUCUUCCCUAAUGACGCGAUCUUUCGCGUUAGCUUUCCCUAAAUAAAUGGAUGCGACGUUACUGGCCUCCGCCGUGGUCGUUUGGGAAUGGCUCAACGAGCACGGGCGCUGGCGGCCGUACAGCCCGGUCGUGUCUCACCACAUAGAGGAGGUGAUACGAAGAGAUCCCCGCGGCGGCAGCGUCGUUCUAGGCCAAGCUGACAGCCGCCUGUCCCCCUACAUCGUCGAUCUACACUCCAUGCAUCAGUUCAGACAAGACACAGGUGCAUUAAGACCAGUGCGGAGGAGUUUCUAUGACCCCAGCUCAGCACCAGGACAGGGUUGGAUAUGGGAGUGGGAAAAUGACACUGGUUCCUGGAAUCCCUAUGACAUGGAGGUGAGCAUUGCUUUGCAAGCAGCAAGAGACCGACAGCAGACCUGGUUGGACCUGACACCCCUGGGCUUUUGCUACCUUGUUGACUUCCAGACCAUGACCCAGAUUAACAGGCAAACGCAGCAACAGUGGCGCAUCCAGAGACGCUCAGACAUGGUUUAUCCACUGGUCUCUGGGCCACUGCCUAAAACCUCACAGGCUUGGGGUAAUGGCUUUGGGGCUGGAGGCAUGUCUAGAGGAGUUGCAUCAGGUGCGGAGUCAACUGGGGCACUUCUUGGGGUAGGAGUUUCUAGUUCCACCCUGAAUAGAAAAGGAAGUACGGUUUACCCAAGUGGGACACUUUCAGUGUCAUCUCUUGCUCCUGUUGGACAGCCAUGUGCCUGCCAGCAAUGCAUGCUUGUGUUAAGUGUAAAGGCAAAUGCCACUGCAUCACAGACACUAGGACGCAAAUCUCAUACAACGAAGCCAAACAGUCAUAAAUCCAGCUUUGGGACACUUUUAACCCCGUCUUCGUCUAUUUUAAACUCAUAUUCUCACACACUUCCACAUGGCCUGGCUUCAAAAGGCUUGCCCUCAGAAGAGGACAAGAAUUCGGCAGCUUUUGCUCAAUCAUUGUCACUUCUUACUUCAGAAACUGCCGCGCUCUCAGUCUCUUCAAGCCGUCCGCCACCUCCACCUGUUCCCCCAAAUCCAACUCUGCCAUCAACCAAUCAACAGCCUUCUUCCACCCCUAGCUCAACAUCUUCAGCAACAUUGGUGCCAACUGCCAUGCUCAUUGACACGUCAAGUACCACAUCGUCCACAGUUUUAACGUCGUCUUCAACAACAGUGCCCUCCCAACGCUCUUCUGCCUGCGCUGCCCCUCUACCACCUCGUGCUAGUCUGGCAGGCCUUAGCCGGCCUGCUUUGCAGAGGAUUGCCAUUGCACAGUCACGGGCACUUGUUGCCUCUGGGGUACCGACAGUACCAGUGAAGAACCUUAAUGGCUUCAGCCCUGUUUAUCCUGCUUUAGCUGGUAUUACUGGUAUUCUGAUGAGUGCAGCAGGACUACCUGUAUGUUUGACUCGUCCUCCUAAAUUAGUUCUGCAUCCCCCACCUGUUAGCAAGAGUGACAUCAAACCAAUUCCUGGUGUUGGACACUGUUGCCGCAAGACCACCAAAAAACAAGCCCGCAAAGGUAAAACACCUGAGGAGGUGGUGAAGAGGUACUUACAGAAGGUCAGGAACCCACCUGAAGAAGAUUGCACUAUCUGUAUGGAAGCUCUGGGAAGGCCCUCGGGUUAUAAGGGUCUAGGUGUGGCGAGUGUUGCCCGUGCAGAGUCAGUAGGAAGACUGGCGCAAUGUGGACAUCUGUAUCAUCUGCAGUGUUUAGUGGCCAUGUAUAAUAAUGGCAACAAAGAUGGCAGUCUGCAGUGUCCCACAUGCAAGACAAUAUAUGGAGUAAAGACGGGCAGUCAGCCGCCCGGUAAGAUGGAGUACCAUGUCAUACCGCACUCACUGUCAGGACACCCAGACUGCAAAACGAUUCGUAUCAUCUACAACAUACCGCCAGGCAUACAGGGCUCUGAGCAUCCAAACCCAGGGAAGCCUUUUACUGCAAGAGGAUUUCCCCGUCACUGCUAUCUCCCAGACAGUGAAAAGGGGCGUAAGGUGUUACGGUUGUUGUUGGUGGCGUGGGACCGACGUCUGAUCUUUUCAGUGGGCACCUCCAGCACCACAGGAGAAUCAGACACUGUCAUCUGGAAUGAGGUCCACCAUAAAACAGAAUUUGGCUCCAAUAUAACUGGACAUGGCUAUCCAGAUCCUGGCUAUCUUGACAAUGUACUGGAAGAGCUUAAAGCCCAGGGCAUCACUGAAGAGGAGGGACAACUACUUUGAGAACAGAAACGAAAGAAAAAAACAUUGGCAUUUCAGAGACAUUAAGGUACUAGAUUGCCGAGUUGUGCUGUUGGAAUAGGGUUAAUUUCUGGAGCACAGAAGUAUAUGUGAAUAAAUACGAGAAUAAAGUAAAGAGAACUUGAUAGGUGAUUUUUGUUUUAUUUUAUCAAAUGGUAAAGUUGUAAAUGUAAAUGAACACAGCAGUUCAAGUCAUCUUUUGACAUGUAUGUAUUCUCAACCUCAAUAUGGUAUUUGGACAUGAAGUAACAAAACUAAGAUACAAAUGAUAUUUGGUUAAAAAAAUGUGUUGUUAAAGGUGAAAGAUAGGUUUGAAGGAAUGAGGGGAAAGAAAGAAACCUGUAUGAAAAGCAAGAAUGUGAGGUGGAGGGGACUCGUGAGGUAGAGAAAUGGGGAAAUAGAAAGACUAAAAAAUGGUGGUCAAAGAAGCAGAAGUCAAGUUUUAUUUGCUUAAGCUAUGUUGUAUUGUGAGAUUGUCUAAGUUGUGUGAAACAAUUGCAAGUGUGGGUAAUAUCAUGUGAACUCCUGUAUCACCGACUGGAUUCCUGGCUCCAAAGCAUUCCAAAGCCAUUUCCUACAAUUGAGAGGUAUAGUUUGGAUUAAUAAAUGUUUGUUUUAUUACAAGUAAUAUCAUAAUAUCAUUCCAUGUAUUAUGUAAUUAUGUACCAUUUGUGUAUGGAUGAUUGUGUGUGGAUAAGAUUUAGAUUUUAGAUUAAUCAAAAUAGAAUCAAUUCUAGAUUGUCUUGUUCCAAAACAGUUUAAUGGAAGUGAUACAUUUAUUUUGGCUGGUUGAGAACCCCAUCUAACAGUUCUUCCUUCGAUCUGAAUGCUGUAUGUAAACUCAUUGAGAGACAAUGGUCAUCAAUGUUCUUUUUAGUGAUCGUAAUUAAAGGAAUAGUUCUCCCCAAAAAUGAUAAUUCUCUCAUUAAGCUGUUGUAUUGCUUCAGAAAACAUGGAUUGAACCACUGUCGAAUGGAGUACUUUAAUGCUGGCUUUAUGUCCUUUUUGGAGCUUGAAAGUUUUGGACCCUAUUGACUUGUAUUGUAUGGUCAAAAACACCACUCACUUCCUUCAAACAAAUCUUUGUUUGUGUUCUGCAGUAAAAAGACAGUAAUAUGAGUUUGAGACGGCAUGUAAGGGUGAAUACAUGACGAGUAAAUAAUGAUUUUUGGGUGAACUAUUCCUUUAAAUGUCACGUAUUCAUGGUACAGAAAAGGUGCUUUUAAGCAUGGAAGUGAUGGUACACCUUGUGUUUAUAAACAGGAUGCAUUUAUGGUGCUGUAAUUUUAUUACAUUUUUUUAAUACCACACAUAAAAUGUACCUACUACAUGAUAAUUAUCAAUGAAAUAGGUGUUGUGAGAUAUCACACCUAUCUCUGUGGCAGUCUUGGGCUCUGCAAACAGCAAAACAUUCUCGUUUGCUGGUAUGUUUUUAAGGAGAGAGAGCAUGUGGUUGAAGUUAGCAAAAUGGCUGAGUUGCUUACAACACCAGUGUAUAAGCUCAUUUUUGAUUCAAAAGAAAGAUAUUAUGCAAAGGAAUUAUGAUUGAACUGGAUACAGGGAAUUGGCAGGAGAGCAAGCACUUCGAUAGUUUAAUGAUCCCCAAGGGACAAUUUAGUAAUAGAUGACCAAAACGAACUGCCUGCCUUUUCUUCACACUGAGACUUUCAGAAAGGAAUACAUACAAUACAAAUUAGCUCUUGUGUUUACUGUUCUUUACUGUCCUUGUUAACCCCUGUUUUUGGCCAAUCUUUAUGGUAGGUCAAUAAUUGACCUGUUUUACAAUGAUCCACUUGUAGUGACCUAAAGAACAUGCAGGUGUUUGUGUGCAUGUGGAUACUUGUGUUUAUGAGCCGAUGCAUCAUGCGUAUGCAUGCAUUCGUGCUUGAUUAAAUAAAAGAGUGUAUGCUAUGCAUCCACCUGCCAGAGGUGAGGUACAGUUUGUUACUGAUCUGCCUAACUUUCUUCAUAUUUCUUUUUUAUAUCGAUGUAUUCUUCUAUUUUCCUAGUUUAGUAUGUUUUAGAAUGUUUUGUAUUCUGAAUUUUUAUACUUAAAUGUGAGUCUCAACUGUUUUUAGUUUCUUUUUGCCUGCCUACAGGACAAAUGGCAUUUCUGCUGUUAUGAAUUGUACAGAUUUUCUGAAGUUGUGAAAAAAGUGGACCUCCAAACUACACCAUAAAAAGUGUCCUACAAACUGCUGAGAUCCAGCCAAUCUUUCUUUCCACUGUUUAGAUAAGGAGGUGAUCUGAUAGCAUAUAUACAACGU